AUGAGUUGGAGUUUCCUGACUCGCCUGCUGGAAGAAAUCCACAACCAUUCCACGUUUGUGGGCAAAAUCUGGCUCACUGUCCUCAUUGUUUUCCGCAUUGUGCUGACAGCCGUAGGAGGUGAGUCCAUCUACUACGAUGAGCAGAGUAAGUUUGUCUGCAACUCUGGCCAGCCGGGCUGUGAGAACGUCUGCUACGACGCCUUCGCUCCGCUCUCGCACGUCCGCUUCUGGGUCUUCCAAAUCAUUCUGGUGGCCACGCCGUCGCUCAUGUACCUGGGCUACGCUGUCAACAAGAUCGCUCGGGCCGAGGAGCAGGCCGACAGCGGGGGAGGGAAUGGAUUUUCACGAAGGAAACCCAAGAAGCACUAUCUGGCGGGCAGAAAGCAGCACAGGGGCAUUGAGGAGGCGGAGGAUGAUAACGAGGAAGACCCAAUGAUCUAUGAAAUGACAGAGGUGGAGAGCGACGGUGGGGGAGCAGCAAAAGGAGGCGGUGGUGACAGACAAGGUAAAGUCAAGGUCCGCCAUGAUGGGCGUCAGCGUAUUAAAGAGGAUGGAUUGAUGCGUAUCUAUGUCAUCCAGCUGUUGAUCCGCUCCUUGCUGGAGGUGGCUUUCUUAUGUGGACAGUAUGCCCUGUAUGGAUUUGCUGUACCUGCCACCUACGUCUGCUCGGACCUGCCCUGCCCUCAUAGCGUGGACUGCUUUGUGUCGCGGCCGACUGAGAAAACCAUCUUUCUCCUCAUCAUGUACACGGUCUCCCUGCUCUGUCUGGCGCUCAACAUAUGGGAGAUGCUUCACCUGGGCAUCGGUACCAUCUGUGAAAUAAUCCGCUCCCGCCGGGUGCAGCUCCCCGACGAUGAGCUGUACAGAUUGACGAGAGGACAAGUGGCUCUCAAUGAGGCAGGAUUGAGCGCAGACGAUUACAGCAGCUACCCCUGUUCUUGGAACCCACCGUCGGCUCCACCGGGUUACAACAUCGCCAUAAAGCCUCUUCUGGUACCUACAGGAAACCACAACCAACCGCUACCCAUCACCGAUCUCACCAAUUCCAAGAUGGCAUGUCGGCAGAACCACGUGAAUAUUGCACAAGAGGAGCGUCAGCAGUACACCAAUAACGAUGAAAACCUGUGCAGAGCUGGGACGGGAGAGGCCCCCAGAGGUGUUCAUAAGGACAUCGGUCAGCCUCAGAACAAGCUGGAGGUUGACAGUCAGGCCUACAGCCAGCUGCAGAGCCACAGUAAUAACCACAGCAAGCCUCACCGCGAACGCAAACACCGGCAGGCCUCCAGACACGCCUCCAGCAAGGCGGACACAGACAGAGGCAGCAGCGGCACCAGCAGCAGCAGCAAAUAUGGAGUGAUAAAGGGCUCUGAGUGGAUCUAA